CUUACCGUCCUGCACACUUUGUGGUGCAGGAAAAAACGAUUAGCCAGACUGUAACGUUAUAGGACUUAAACUGUGCUGUAGCCACUAGCUAGAACAUUUUACGAAAUAGCUGAAAGGGGACUUCUUUAAAGCAAGGGACAUCAAAUUGCUCAUAGCAAAUGAAGACUAUCAAGCUAACCAUGGAACUAAUUGAAGAUGAAUACACUUCUUUGUGCCCUGGAAAUUUGAGGAUGGAGGGCAGUGAGGGUCAAAGUUCUGCACGCAAAGGAUCUGGUGAUGGAGCGUUGAGCGCUAUGAAUUUAUAUGCCACUCUGGGGCUCUCUCCAGAAGACGUGGAUGCUCUGGCCAAGAUUCCAGAGAACGAGAUCAGUGUGGAGACACUGCCUUAUCUGAUAAUGCAACUGAAGGCCAGUCGAGCCAAGCAAGAGGAGCAGGGAGAGCCCUCCCCAAAGAGAGACGGACAGGAAGAGGAUACAGAUGUUAAAGACCGCGGCAGACGGGACAGUCCCCCUGCAUUCCGUCGCCAGUCAAGCAGCCAUAGUGACACUGACUAUAAGAAAGUGGAGGUGCGACCAGAGCAGGCCGAGGCAAGAAAAGAUUCCCACCACACUAGGCCCUCAACGGAAAAAACAUCAGACAGCCAACCUUCUUCCUAUCAAUUGGAAGAUUUUCAAGGAGUUGUGCCCAAUAUUUACCCACACACAUGCUCGCUAUGUUUCUGUAUGUUGAAUUCUACUAAGCAAUGGAAGGAUCAUCUCAAUGGAUUACGCCAUGCAGAGGGCUGUCGAGAACUCUUGCGUCUAUAUCCAGAUUGGGAAAAACAAGAUGUCCAAGGGAAGAAAAUACCAAUUUCCAUCCCAAGUAGAGAUGCUAAUUCACCGCCCAGAAGAGCGCCACGUCCUGCUAUGCCUUACAAGAGACAACAUAGCUCAGACCGCGUAGGAGGUGAAGUCUGGUCUGCACCAGAAAGACACCAUUUGAAGCCCAAGGCUGGCACAAAGGUGGUGGUUGCUAAAUAUCCCCGUGGGUCUGUUGCUGUUGAAGACUUGGUGACUUUGGCUAAGCCAUUCGGCACAGUUGUAAAACAUCUGGUGUUCCCCUGCAAGGGCUUUGUGGAGUUGGGUUCGCACAAAGAGGCAGUCAAUAUGGUGGAUCACUACAGUGAAAGCAAAGCUAUUGUGAAGGGAAAUGGUUUGACUCUGUACCUGUCACCUGUAGUGUGCAGUAUUUAUACGCCAAGGUCGGAUGAACCACCAGGAAAACGCCCCAACAAACAAGUUAGCAAUACAGUAGUUUGUUUUUCCCGCGUAUCUCCUGGGAAAGAAAGAGAAUCUGAGAUUCUCGAUCUUGCCAAGAUGUUUGGGGAUGUGAGACAUUCGUCAUUUUUAAGUGAUCAGGCCCUGAUUGAGAUGGUAGAUUGGAAGGAUGCUGACAUUAUGGUGAAGUACUACCACUCCAACCCCCUCAAGAUCAAUGGAAAGAGUGUCAAAGUCAGCUUGUCAUCGUCACUGAAGCAUCUGAGAGAAAGUCCUGACUCCACCACAUCCAGAAGAGCAGAUUCCAGUAAAAGCCAAAGCAGCAGACAGAAGAGCGAGGAGACCAGCAAGAACUCAAACUCCACAAACAAAGAGGGACCCAGUACAGGCAAACAACCUGCUGAGAAAGUGGUGGAACAAGGAAAAGGUCAACAAAGCUCCUCAGAGGAGGUUAAGGAAGAGGUAAAGCAGGACAUCAAGGACGAGGAGAUCAAGGAAAAGAUCGAGGAGGUGGUCAAGAAUGAGAGAAAGGGGGAGGACAUUAAUUUGGAAAACAAAGAUCCAGACAAAGAGAGCGUCCAGGUUGAAGAUGACCAAAGCUCGUUAGAUAAGUUUGGAGCUGGUGUUGAUACUAACGACUCUGCUCCUUCCAAAAGUGCCUCUCUGGUGGCUGACUCUAAAGAUAAGGGGGAACCUGAAAGCACAGAAUUGUUGGCAGACAAUACCUUGGAGGAUUCUGACCUAAAGGCUGCCGAUGAUCCAGCUCUGUGUGAUGCUGACGUCACAAUGGAGGACAUGAUGGAACAGGAGAGCUUUCACGAACAUGGUGACGAUAUGGAUGACAUGGAUUUCCCUGAUAACAUGGAUGAUUUUGUUACAUUGGAUGAACUCGACAACGAUAUUGGAGAGGAUGCGUCAAUGGAGUCAAAGGAUUCUUCAUGGGAUGGAAAAGUUGUCCAUAUUAGCCCAAUCAGAAAGGGCUAUAGAGACGUAGAGGUGGCCAUCUUGAAACUGGCAGAGCGAGCAAAUGUGAAAGUUGUAAACCGUACCAUAUCCUUCUUCAGACAGGAGGGAUGGUUAGAGCUUGAUACUACCGAUGAAGCGCAUAAGUUGGUGAAAUUCUACAAAGGCAAAGCACAGUUGUUGGGGAAACCUGUCGAUAUUAGAAUGUGCUAUUCACAGAAAAAGUUGGAGAGUCCCAGUGGGAGAUCCAUCUACAUUUGUUUGCUUCCACGGCAGAAGUACUCGGACGUCUCUCUGUUACGGCUUGCCCAACCUUUUGGGAAAAUCACUGGCUAUCAUUUGAACUGGGUUCAUAGAAAGUGUUAUAUCCAGUUUGAGAGUGUGGAAGCCGCUCAGAAAAUGGUGAAGAAGUGCUUCCAACGUCCUCCCAGAUUUUACGGCACCCUGAUAAGGGUCAGUUUGUGCAAAAAGGGAGACUCACUGAUAUCCUGGAAGCCUCCAGUCAAGUAUGAGCUGUGGUUGGCCAGUCAGAACAACAGAAGAACAAGAGAUCGCCAUGGAGAUGAGACUAAUGGCCAGUCAGCCAAAAGCCACUCUCCAGUGGUGAAAGAGAAGGAUGUCCAGCGACCUGUGUCUGAUAGUGAGGGGGUCUGUGUGGACCCUGAGGGUGAGGAGACCAGUGGUGUGGAAGCUGUCCCAGAGGGAGAGAAGAAGAAGAAGCAGCAGGAGCCUCUGGGUCCUUAUCAACCUGACAACCCUGUUGGGUUAGACUAUCUGGUGCCAAGGACCGGAUUCUUCUGCAAGCUGUGCAACAUCUUCUACACUAAUGAGAAAACAGCCAACUCAGUCCACUGUAGCAGUGAGGAACAUUACCUAAACCUGAAGAGAAAGAUGGAUGAAGAUAAACAGCCCUUAGCUGAUUGAGAGGGUUGCUGUCCACCUGUAGUCUUCCCAGAGGAAGAUUGGCCGUUUUUAGUAUAAACGUUUCUGUCCAGUUUUAACAUUCCAGUAUUUUCUGUUACUGUUGACAGCAUUGUUAUCCAUUUGAAAUUAAUUAAUGC